AUGGCGCAAGCUAGGCAUCCACAACAGCAGCAGUCGCCGCCGCCGCCGCCGCCGUUCUCCACGCAGCCGUUCUCCCCUCCCGUCUCCUCUCCGUCUCCUCACGCAACAUCCCCCCUCAAUGGCGGCCCAGCACCUCCCCCAUCUAAGAAGCCGCGCCUGUCACCGAUUCCCCUAUCUCAAGCGCAGUCCCCGUAUGCCUCUCCGGGCUUCAGCGCGAUGCAACUUCCUCAAGGCCAACCUUCAAUGAACGGAACAGCCCCGAACAGCAUGCCCUCUACCCCUAUCGCUCAUCCCGGUGCUCCUCUUCCGCCGGCCGCCCCAGGAACGAUGGGACCGCCUUCUGCGCCGGCAAAUCGUCCCGUUGAUGCCUCUGAACUAACGGAUGUUCUGGCAUCAUCCGGUAUCGACGUUCGAGAGGAAGAAGCUUUUCUUACGCGCAGCUUCUCGGGUCAAAAUGCGCAGGCGCAGCCUCCUUCCCGAGGCCCACCACCUAUCAAUACGUCUUUUGCAUCCCAGCCGUCUACAGGAACAAUCUCGGCCUCUAGCAGCUUCGGUGACAUCAAGCCGAUGCUCCACCAGGCAUCGUUCUCAUCACAGCCAGUUUCGCAGAUCCCAGCGCCCUUCAAAGAUCCCAACGAACCUACACGAGAGGACUCAGAGGCAGCAAGAAGAGCGCAAUUCGAGCUGCAGUCCCCAUUUCUCUGGACGAAAGUCCUGGAACAGAAAAUCCAGAAAAGAGGAUUCGAUCUGGGUGUUCGCAUUCCCUCUGAAGGCCUCUUCCAUCCAAUGGCUGGGAAACAAGCUCCUAUUGAAAUCACAGGUCGAGAUGGGUCUUCAGUAACUCGAACAGGAUGUACAAUUCUGAACCAGGAGGGCGCGCCCUUGGUUGACAUUCUGAAUCUUCUGUCUCUCUCGUGCGAGGAACGACUUAGGGGGGUAGUUGACUAUGCUUCUGCUCUCUCUCGCAGCCGACGAGCGCAUUCUGGAGGGACAAUUCCUCAGGAGUGGCAGGACAUAGCACAGCCUCUGGGGCCAGUCACUGGGAAUUCCGCAACUCCCUCGAAGCGGCCUCACCUUGAUAGCGAGACUACCAAUUCCAAGCCUAUUUCUCAGCGAUAUAUCGGCCUGGUGAACAGAGAAUCCUUGCAAGAGAACCGACGUGAGGCAAAACGCAACAAACGCAGCGCGAACGCCAUUUUGGGUGAAAGUGCCAGUAUCCAACCUUCCGAUACUGCUCCCUCCACACCCAUUGCCGAACGAGCACCCAGCUUCGAUAAGAAGUCGAUGACGAAGAAGGAAGCGAAGAAGCUGAUUGAUACAAAGGCCAGCGAGGCUCAACAACACCAACAGUCUGUGGAGACGGCUAGAUUGGCAACCAACAGUAUGCUGUCAGGCCGCAUGUUCGGCUCCAAAAAGUCUUAUUCAUGGUUGAAGCCGGGUGGUUCGUCUAGCGGAUUUUCAUCCCCAUCGCGUCCAAAUCCCCCAACGACUCCAACCCCUGGGCCCGAAAAGUCCAGUCGCCCCGGGGAACAGCCUCUCACCAACCAGGCAAAACGACUCGGAACGUGGCGCGAGGAUCAGGAGAAGGGAGCUGGCAUCCAAGUUCGGGACAUCCUGUUCAUGCUCGAGGCUGAUGGACGGGCCACCAAGCACAUCCAAAAGGGCUAUAUGAAGGAUCCGAAGGAGGACCGUGACCGCGGGGCCUGA